AGCGAACCUAUCUCAUUCAAUUUCUGUUUUCCGAUGCAGCUACGAAUCUUAGUGCCGGGCCGGCUGCUCAGUUAAUACUUUACCUUAAAUGGGUCAAUACACUACGCUUUGACCGACUCACAUGGUCGCUACGUCAGAAAGAACGCCACACUCAUGAUUGGAAUAUGACCAACAAUGACCUACUUGGCGCGUCAUAUUCCCCAACAAUUCCGCAGAAAUGUGCUCCACCCGACGCAGUAUUGCACCCUAUAAGAGUCCGAGUAAGAGUAUUAGCCCCAUCUUCCCAUAAUUCCAUCCAUAUCUCUCAUAACCCACAACUUGAAAUUACUUCUAUUUUCUACUGAAUUUGUUACUCAUACAUAAUGCCUCUCUUCGGUGGACACAAACACGACAAGAAACAAAACACUUUGCACAAAGAUGAACAGAGGGCUACCGGCACCGGCGCUACUGGCGGUCCAAAUAAUGAUUUGAUGGCGGGAGGUCGUGCCUAUGCUGCUGAUUCCAACGAUCCAUCUGCUGGUGGGCGAGGACAUCAUCACCAAGGCAUGCAUGACCAGCAACAAGAUUAUCCCAUUGCCAAUGAUUAUGGGAAUCCUGGCAUGAACAAUCCAUCAGGCAUGGGUAGACCGGAGAACGACCGCUACAAUGACUACGGAGGCAAUCAAGGGAAUAUUCCUCCGUCUUCGAACCUGAAUGCCUCAGGCGGAGCCGGUCACUCAACGACUGGUAAAGUCGAGAAAGCUCUUGGUGCGGCGGUUGGCAGCAACGCGCUGAAGGCCAAAGGAAUGCAGAAAGAAAUGGAAGCAAACGCCCUGAAGACCCAAAGUUCUGAAUUAGCUGAGGCGGAACGUUUGGAGAGGGAAGCUUUGCUCCGUCGGGAACGAGCAGUCGCGCACGGCGCUCAUCCUGAAAAUCGUCACCUCGGUGGAGUUGGCGGUCAGAAUACCUUGAGCUGAAUCGGGAAAUUGAAGAAACUGGGGUCUAUUUGUUUGAAGAAAGUGUAUCACAAUAAACAAUUCUGUAUUCCGUAU